AUGGAUGCUGAAUCCAAAACCAGAAAACUAAAGGAAGCAGAGAAAUUGAGGACAAAGGGAGCAUUUCCAUUCAAUCUGUUUUCAUCGCCAGACUAUGAAAGCUCUGCGGAGAUUUUCAUGGAGAUUGGAAAUAUGGAAGAGGAGACAUCUGAAAAGAUACGAUACUACGAGGAGGCGGCAAAGACCUAUGAGAUGGAGGACGGAGAGUAUGGAAGAUAUCAAGCUUCGCAGGUGUAUGAGAAGAUAGCACAGACAUGUGAGGAUGAAUAUCCUGAAAAAGCCAUUUCGGCAUAUAAGAAGUCUGGGAUGUAUUCCAAGCAAUGUGGACGAGAGAGCUUGGCAGCAGUGAGUUUCCAAAGAGCAUCUGAGAUACUAAGAAAGGAAGGAAAUCUCGAGGGAUGCCUGGAAUGCCUGCAGAAGGUUGCUGAGUGCUACUGUGGAAGCAGCUGGAAGCAUCAUAAGAAAAAGGCAAUGAGAGACAUUGCAGAGGUGUAUAUAGAACUUGGAAGGUAUGGAGAGGCAGCUAAAAUAUUCUUGGGGUUCAAGGAAAACAUAUACACCUUCUGUGGAUUUCUCUGCUAUUCCAUCGAGGGGACGCCUCUAGAUCUUGAUGUCAGUGGAGAUGAGAAGGAGGUAUGUAAUGCACUUCAGGGAGACUUGAAUGAGGCACACAGAGUCAUAGAGGAAUACAUUUCAACACAUGCUAUGCUUUCCGAGGUGAAGAAGCUACUUGAGAUUGUUAAGGAGAGACUCAGGCCCGAGAAUGAUAUUUUGUAA